AUGGUGGAGUCCACCGCCAUCACCAAAGGGUGUCCCAUCCCCAUGGUGAGUCCCACCAUCAUGGCAUAUCCCCUCAUCGUGGUGGAUCUCAAGACUUCCAUGACAAUGCCUUCUCCCACCAUUCCCACCACCCCCACCACUCCCCUGACCACGGUGAGGCCCACCAUCAUGGUGGAGCCCUCCACUCCUCAUCCCUCUUCCUGGAUACUUCCCGUGGCACUUUCAUCUCCCACCAUUCCUAUGGUGAGGACCACUUUGAUGAUGAGCACCACCACGGUAGCAGGAGACAUCAUGGGGGGCCCCACCAACACAGGGAGUCCUACCACCAUGGGGGACUCCAGCAACACAGGGAGUCCUACCACCAUGGGGGGCCCCACCAACACAGAGAGUCCUACCACCAUGGGGCGCCCCACCAACAUAGGGAGUCCUACCACCGUGGGGGCCUCAACCAACAUAGAGAGUCCUACCACCAUGGGGGACUCCAGCAACACAGGGAGUCCUACCACCAUGGGGGGCCCCACCAACACAGAGAGUCCUACCACCAUGGGGGGCCCCACCAACAUAGGGAGUCCCACCACCAUGGUGGGUUUCACCACCACAGUGAGGUUUCCCACCAUAGUGGGCUUUAUCACCAAGCAUGAAGCCCAUCACCACAGAAGGCCUGCCUCCACGGGGUCCUACCGCCAUGACGGGCACCUCCACGGCCACGGUGCCGAGCACCACCACGGAGAGCACCAGCACGGCGCACAACCUCGUGAUUACCUCCUCCGAGAUCACCGCUAUGGGGAGCACCGUCGUGGUAGCUCCCAACUCUUUGGCCCAUACGCGUCCCACAGCGUGGCCUCAGCCUCCCUCGCCCCUGCCUAUUCUCGUCAAGUAGCCCCCCAACCUAGCAAGCCAGACAGACAGAGCUCAGCCUUCAGCUUGGCUCGUUCCCUGAACACAGCGCACUCACACCCUGCCCAGACCUCCAGCAAAGUCCAUCCUCAGGGCUCCUCCUCUAAAACCUCGGAAAGCUGGCCCAAAGAAGACGAGCAGAUUCAGAAGCGCAAAACUGGCCGAGCCUCACGAACCCACAAGAAGCUGCACACUGAGGACCUCUUCUAUUCGUUGUGGGAAAAAUUAAGCCACCUCAUUUGGGGCCUUUCAAGAAUGCUCAGGAAACUGACUGACUCCCUGGCCUUUGAAGGCUUCAUCGUCUUCAUCGUCUGCCUCAACACCAUCAUGCUCGUGGCCCAGACCUUCGCUGAAGUCGAGGUCCGGGGUGAGUGGUACUUCAUGGCCUUGGACUCCAUCUUCCUCUGCAUCUACGUGGUGGAAGCUGUGCUCAAAAUCAUUGCUCUGGGCCUCAAGUAUUUUUUGGACCCCUGGAACAACCUGGAUUUCUUCAUUAUGGUCAUGGCUGUGCUGGACUUCAUGCUCAUGCAGGUCAACUCUUCCUCCAUGCGCAUGGUCUACAACCAAAGCAUCUUCCGCAUCUUCAAGGUCUUCAAGAGCCUGCGAGCCUUGCGAGCUAUCCGGGUCCUGCGGAGGCUCAGCUUCCUGACCAGUCUCCAGGAAGUGACCGGGACCCUGGCCCGGUCCUUGCCGUCCAUCACCGCCAUCCUCAUCCUCAUGUUCACCUGUCUCUUCCUGUUCUCUGUGGUGCUCCGGGCACUGUUCCGCUACUCUGACCCCAAGCGCUUCCAGAACAUCUUCACCACCAUCUUCACCCUCUUCACCUUGCUCACCCUGGACGACUGGUCCCUCAUCUACCUAGACAGCCGAGCCGAGGGUGCCUGGUACAUCAUCCCCAUUCUCAUGAUAUAUAUCAUCAUCCAGUACUUCAUCUUCCUCAACCUGGUGAUUGCCGUCCUGGUGGAUAACUUCCAGAUGGCCCUGCUCAAAGGCCUGGAGAAAGUGAAGCAGGAGAAGGCCUCCCAGAUCCAUGAGAAGCUACUGGAUGACUCACUGAUAGAGCUCAUCGAAGCAGAGCCUAAAGAGGUGAUAAGUGGACACACCAUACAGAAGCAGCUCAUUGAGAAAAAAUUCGGAGGCAUGACUGAGAAGCAGCGGGAGCUCCUGUUCCACUUCCUGCAGUUGGUGUCCGGGGUGGAGCAUUUUCAGCAGAAAUUCCGCUCCCAGGCAGCUGUCAUAGAUGAGAUUGUGGACACCGCAUUUGAGGCUGGAGAAGAGGACUUCAGGAAGUGAUCCCCAGAGUGGCAGCCCGAGUCCAGACUUCAGCCUCUGGCAAGCUCUCCCCCGGGUCGGGCCAAGUCCCCAUCUCUGCUGGAAAGAUCACUGGGCCUGCAGGGCUGGGCCCCAACAGUUUUAAAACCCCAGGUGGCUCCAUGUCCUUACUGGCUGGGCCGAGGCACAAGGGAACCUGUGGGCCUGCACGCAUGUGCGUCCUCGAGCGUGUGUGUGUGCGAGUGUUUCAGGUGAAAGGCUCUGUCCUUGGAUCCCUCCCUGCCCCACUGGGGCCUGGCAUCCUGGCCUGGCAGGGCCUUAACAGCAGCCAGCGGGGUGACGUGGAAAGUGGGCCAGGCUCAGUGCUGGAGGGAGAGGGAGCGGUCACCCUGCUUUGGGGACGGAGGCCCGUCUGGCCCAGGAGACAGGAGAAAAAGAACAGGCUGGGACAGCCCACGGUUGGGGCCUGAGGGACCAGGAUGCUCCAGAAAUGAGGUCUCAGAGCCCAGGCCUACUGGCACCGUCAGCAUCCAGCACAAGGGUGCCAACUCGAUGGCGACAGCCUGAGCUCCGAAGGCAGAGGUCAUCGCCAUACCCUGCCCUGCCUGGGGU